AUGGCUGACUUUGACCUCGGCGGCAUCUUCUUUACGGACCAGAGCGCAAACAACGGGGCCGGAGAGCGGCUCGCGGGCGAGGGCGACAGCGACUACCUGCCAGCCAAGGCGCAGCUCAAGUACCGCGAGUUCCUCCGCGACUUUCGCCGCGAGGAGGAGUACAUCUACCGCUCGCUGCUCCGCUCGGCAAUCGGGCUCAAGCAGGCACCCUCCCUCUCUCCUCCGCCGCCGCCUUCGUAUUUGCUGCGGCGGCUACGGCCGCCUCCCUCCCGCACCGACCCCGCUGCGAUCGAGGCUGCCAUCCUCACGUCUCUCACCGACCACGAGGCGGUCGAGACGGAGCGGCUGCAGAUCCAGGUCACCCUCACCUCCUCCAAGCAGCCGAUCACGAUCCGCGAGAUGCUCGCGUCGACAGUCGCGCAGGUCGUCACUAUUCCGGGCAUCGUCAUCGCCUCGUCCAAGGUCAAGGCAAAGGGCACCGAGAUCUUCGCGCAGUGCGCGAGCUGCCAAAACGUCAAGAAGCUGCCCGUGCGCGCGGGCUUCGCCGGCGCCGCGAUGCCGCGUGUCUGCGACCGGCCGCGGCAGCCAAACGAGCAGCCGUGCCCGCUCGACCCGUACGUCAUCCUGCCGGAGAAGUGCAAGUACGUCGACCAGCAGACGUGGAAGCUGCAAGAGUCGCCUGAGAUGGUCGACCGCCGCCUGGUCGACCGCGCCAACCCGGGCGACCGCGUCACCGUCACCGGCAUCAUGUCGAUCCUCUCCCAGCAGGGCGGCCGCUCCGAGGACAAGAAGGACAAGCACGAUGCCGAGUUCGACGGCAAGCUCGCCAAGCACAUCAUCAACCUGCACGUGCAGGGCGGCGCCGCCGUAGAGCGCGAGGUCAGCGAGGACGAGCUCGACGUGCGCACGCUCAAGCGGUACAUCGCCUUCGCGCGCAAGACGUGCUCGCCGCGCCUCUCCACCGAGGCGGCCGAGCGGCUCAACAACUACUACGUCGAGGUGCGCAAGGGCCUUGCGAGCGCCGACGCGGAGAGCGAGAAGCAGGGCAAGGCGCCGCGCGCGGUGCCGAUCACGGUGCGCCAGCUGGAGGCGCUCGUGCGGAUCUCGGAGUCGCACGCGAAGAUGCGGCUAGACCCGGUCAAGCAGGCAAUCGAGCUCUUCACAGCCUCGACCCUCCAGGCCGCCAAGCUGGGCGAGAUCACGCUCGAGGGCGGCGGCGUGUCGGAGGGGCUUGCGGAGCUGCGGCAGCGCAUCGAGGGGAUGGUCGCCAUCGGCCAGAUGCGCGGCAAGAGCGAGAUCAUCUCGCAGGCGGUCGCGUGGGGCUUCAGCGAGCGUGACGCGGAGAAUGCCAUCCGCUCGCUCGUCGGCGCGGAGCAGUUUGAGGAGUCGCGCCAGGGCCGGCGGCUCAAGCGCGUUGCGUGA